AUUGUUAUUACGAAGAUAUAGAUGAAAAAUUGGUAAUUAAAAACUCACUUACUUCUUCAGGAAGCUUAGGCCAUUCAACAACAAUAAGGAACCGUCUAGUAGCUGAAUCAAGAUCAGUCUUCUUCUCAAUCCGAUUCUUCAUUUCUCACAACAAAAACCCCAUUUUCGCUUCCCGAAUCUCAGUACAAGCCCUUUAACCGUUUCACACAAUUGAGAUUCUUCACUGUUCUGAAGACAAAGACGCAUCCUUUCUGGUAUUGUUUUCGCGCAGUCCAUUUUCUUUUUGGAGAUAAGUUUCUGUUUAUAUGGUUAACGAAGAUUGUACAAUUUUUCAUUUGAUGGGUCUCGCUGAUUUAAGUGUUUUCUAGAAAGGGAAAAAAAGUGAAUAAAAACCCUUGAAUUUGAGAGUAUUUGAUUGUAUAAAAUUUUGGGUUUUGUUUGAUUGAAAUUUUACUCACCCUUUUUGCUAAAGUGUUAAUUUUUUGGAAUUGCUUGCUCAAGUGUAGAAAUUAGAAGUGAUUUUAGGGAUUUGGGGAAAUGGGGAAGCCUUUGAUUUAUGAGAUCUUGGAAAAACCAGCAACAAGUUGUGUUAUUGGAAUAUGUAGUGCAAUUUGGUUUUAUAUACAGAAGAAAAACAUUGGUUAUUCACAUGUUGGUUUGAGUUAUGAGACUGCAAUUGAAGGACAAUACUGGCGAAUAAUCACUUCUGCAUUUUCUCAUAUAAGUAUAAUUCAUCUUGUUUUCAAUAUGAGUGCACUAUGGAGUCUUGGUGUGGUAGAGCAAUUGGAUCAUGUUGGUCUUGGUGUUGAGUAUUAUUUGCAGUAUACACUUGUGUUGGUUGUAGUAUCAGGAAUGUUGGUUCUAGCAAUGUAUCAUUUGUUGAUUCAAAGAUUCAAGGUUGAGUAUUUUCGUCGAGUGACGGCUGUUGGUUAUUCCUGUGUUGUUUUCGGUUGGAUGACGAUUCUUUCUGUGAAGCAACCUUCUUCGAAGCUGGAUCUCUUUGGAUUACUUUCGCUUCCUAUUAGUUUCGCUCCGUUUGAAUCGCUUGUUUUCACUUCGAUUAUUGUUCCUCAGGCAAGUUUUAUCGGUCAUUUAUCUGGGAUUGUUGUUGGAUAUGCUAUAGCUUGGGGUUUGAUUCACGGGAUGACGAAUUACUGGGCUCUUUCGUUAUUGGGUUGGAUUAUUGUUGUCUUUGUUUUUAGUUUGAAGAAAUCUGGUGCAUAUGAACUCAACUUCAUUGAUAUUGAAUCUGUUACUGAUCCUUCGUUACCGUCUGUACGGUUUCUGGCAUCCAGCAAUGGCAGAACCCUGCAGAUGAAUGCAUUGCCGGAUGGAAAUGUUGAAAUUGUCUAAUAUUGAACUGAUAUAUCAUUGUUAUGUAACCUCGACAAUAUCAAAUUUGAUAGCAAUAUGACUCCAAUUUUUCCGAUAUAGAAUUUGUUCAAAGCUUCGUUAAUAUUUGUUUCAAGAGUUUGCACCUUUAGCUUUAUGAUUAUGAAUAUUUGUAUGCCAAUUUAAUGAAAGUGACAUUGCUCCUUGCAAAUGUCCUGCUACAUUGCUCCUUUCAAGAGUUUAACAUGCUAAUGUAUUUCUGUUUUCUUACUAA